GUGUUUGUGAGGAUGAACUGUGUAUAAACAUGAGAACAUGUACUGUUAGGUUUAGUAGCUCUACAUUGAUGAAGUGUAUCCAGGAUUAUUUUAAAUGGACCAUUAAAGCCAAGCUAACGACCCUCUACAGUAUUUACCUCAGAAUCUACUUUCUCUUGUUUUCAUGUGAACAGUUUAAAUGUCACACACUCAUGGAUUUAACACUGUAACAUUAACUUGUUUGUUUUUCCUUCAUCCUCCUUCUUGUGUCCAAUUUCUCUCCUGCAGGACCUGAAACUGGAAGGCUGGAAGUUACGAGUGAAGCUCAACGAUGAAAACCCCAUCAUGUUCACAUUUGAGGAGUCAAUUACACUCAGAGCUGAUAAGAAUGUCACUAUAUGGGCCUUUGGUUGUGGUUUCCAUAAUCCUCCCUCUUACCUGAGAUGGAAUGACCUGAAGUGUUGGACCAAAGGAGACAAACUCCUCGUUGAGCUCAUCAACUGUCAUGAAGAGAUCGUGAAAACCACUGAAACACAAGAUGUAAGCAAACAAAACAACACCAACCCAGCUGGCAAAAACUCAACAGAGAUCUUAGUGGAGAUCGACCCAGAUGGAAAAUAUCUCUUUCUCACCAACGAGUCUAAAGAGGACCUGAAACUGGAAGGCUGGAAGUUACGAGUGAAGCUCAACCAUGAAAACCCCAUCAUGUUCACAUUUGAGGAGUCAAUUACACUCAGAGCUGAGGAGAAAGUCACUAUAUGGGCCUUUGGUUGUGGUUUCCAUAAUCCUCCCUCUGACCUGGUAUGGAAGGAGCUGAAUCGUUGGACCAAAGGAGACAAACUCCUCGUUGAGCUCAUCAACUGUCAUGAAGAGAUCGUGAAAACCACUGAAAGCCCAGAUAUAAGCCAACAUAAUGACACCAACCCAGCUGGCAAAAACUCAACAGAGGUCUUUGUGGAGAUCGACCCUAAUGGAAAAUAUCUCUGUCUCUUCAACAAGUCUAAAGAGGACCUGAAACUGGAAGGCAGGAAGUUACGAGUGAAGCUCAACCAUGAAAACCCCAUCAUGUUCACAUUUGAGAAGUCAAUUUCACUCAGAGCUGAGAAGAGUGUCACUAUAUGGGCCCAUGGUUAUGGUUUCCAUCAUCCUCCCUCUGACCUGAAAUGGAAGGAACUGAGGCGUUUGGCCGAAGGAGACAAACUCCUCGUUGAGCUCAUCAACUGUCAUGAAGAGAUCAUGAAAACCACUGAAACACAAGGGGCAAGCCAACAUAAUGACACCAACCCAGCCGGCAAAAACUCAACAGAGGUCUUUGUGGAGAUCGACCCAAAUGGAAAAUAUCUCCGUCUCACCAACAAGUCUAAAGAGGACCUGAAACUGGAAGGCUGGAAGUUACGAGUGACGGUCAACGAUGAAAACUCCAUCAUGUUCACAUUUGAGGAGUCAUUUAUACUCAGAGCUGAGGAGAAAGUCUAUAUAUGGCCCUCAGGUACUGGCUUCCUUUCUCCUGGUCCCUCUAACCUGAAAUGGAAGGACCUGAAGCGUUGGAACAAAGGAGACAAACUCCUCGUUGAGCUCAUCAACUGUCAUGAAGAGAUCAUGAAAACCACUGAAACACAACAUAAUGACACCAACCCAUCUGGCAAAAACUCAACAGACGUCUUUUUGGAGUUCGACCCAGAUGGAAAAUAUCUCUGUGUCACCAACAAGUCUAAAGAGGACCUGAAACUGGAAGGCUGGAAGUUACGAGUGAAGCUCAACGACCAAAACCCCAUCAUGUUCACAUUUGAGGAGUCAAUUACACUCAGAGCUGAGGAGAAAGUCUAUAUAGGUGUCGAUGAUUAUGGUUUCCAUCAUCCUCCCUCUGACCUGUUAUGGAAGGACCUAAAGCAUUGGAACAAAGGAGACAAACUCCUCGUUGAGCUCAUCAACUGUCAUGAAGAGAUCAUGAAAACCACUGAAACACAAGGGGCAAGCAAACAUAAAGACACCAACCCAGCUGGUAAAAACUUAACAGAGUUCUUUGUGGAGGUCGACCCAAAUGGAAAAUAUCUCCGUCUCACCAACGAGUCUAAAGAGGACCUGAAACUGGAAGGCUGGAAGUUACGAGUGAAGCUCAACGACAAAAACCCCAUCAUGUACACAUUUGAGGAGUCAAUUACACUCAGACCUGAGAAGAGUGUCACUAUAUGGGUCCCAGGUUUUGGUUUCCAUUCUCCUCCCUCUAACCUGACAUGGAAGGACCUGAAGCAUUGGGCCAAAGGAGACAAACUCCUCGUUGAGCUCAUCAAGUGUCAUGAAGAGAUCGUAACAACCACUGAAGAGCAGAGGAAGGAACAAACUGAAAAAGAAGUGGAGACACUGAAGAAGGAGCUGCAGACCAAGCAGGAGGAGUUUGAUGCCAAAACCAAAGAGUUGGAUAGAAAACAAACCAAUGCUGACAGACUGUUGCAGGAAGAGAAACAGAACAGAGAGAAAGAAGUGAAGGACCUGAAGAAUCAGCUGGACUCAAAGCAAAAAGAGCUGGAGAAAAUCAUAGAUGAUUGGAGUCCAUUUAGUGACGAGGAGGAUCAGCAGAGGAAGGAACAAACUGAAAAAGAAGUGGAGACACUGAAGAAGGAGCUGCAGACCAAGCAGAAGGAGUUUGAGACCAAAACCAAAGAGUUGGAUGGAAAACAAACCAAUGCUGACAGACCGCUGCAGGAGGAGAAACCGCACAGAGAGAAAGAAGUGAAGGACCUGAAGAAUCAGCUGGACCUAAAGACAAAAGAGGUUGAAAACAAACAAGCUGAAUGUGAUCUCACGGAGCUGCAGCAGCCCCAUGAAGAGAAUCAGAGGAGGGAGAGAGAGCUGCAGACCCUGAAGGAGAAUCUGGAGACCAAGACCAAAGAGCUGGAGACAAUCAUAGAAAAUUGGAGUCCAUUCAGUGACGAGGAGGAGGAGCAGAGGAAGGAACAAACUGAAAAAGAAGUGGAGACACUGAAGAAGGAGCUGCAGACCAAGCAGGAGGAGUUUGAGACCAAAACCAAAGAGAGGCCAAAUGUAAGCCAACAUAAUGACACCAACCUGGCUGACCAAAACUCAACUGAGGUCUUUGUGGAGUUCGACCCAAAUGGAAAAUAUCUCCGUCUCACCAACAAGUCUAAAGAGGACCUUAAACUGGAAGGCUGGAUGUUACGAGUCAAGCUCAACGAUGAAAACCCCAUCAUGUACACAUUUAAGAAGUCAUUUAAACUUAGAGCUGAGAAGAAAGUGACUAUAUGGGUCCCAGGUUCAGGUUUCCAUCUUCCUCCCUCUAACCUGACAUGGAAGGAACUGAAGCGUUGGAACAAAGGAGACAAACUCCUCGUUGAGCUCAUCAACUGUCAUGAAGAGAUCGUGAAAACCACUGAAGUAUAAUAAUCAGCCCAGCUGCCACACAGUGUUUUAGUUUAGUGCAGGCGAGGAGUUCCGGUCCUCUGAAAUGAGGCCAACGCAGAAGUAAUUUAAAACUGCAUUCUAUCAAAUGGCCACCAGGGGGCGACCGUUUUGGUGUCAAAAGGACUUCCGUCUCUAUACAAGUCAAUGGAGAAUUCACCAACUUCUCAC